GGGGUGAGGGUGAUUAAUGACAUUCCUUGAUGUGAUGGAAGAAUGAAAAGUUAAUUCCCCAAUGAGAGCUGUUAUCAGAAGACACCCAGACAAGCCAGUAAAAGUGAAUUCAUUUUAAUUGGUGGAGUUGGGCCCUUCCUCCCCAGCAUGAUCUCUCUUCCCAUGGACCACCCAGGAUAAGGAGAUGAAAGGCAGCCUCCUGGUACUCAUUCCUGUACUUUGAACUGGGUUGUAAAAGCUGAGAAUGAAUUGUAGCUCAUCUAAAUCUCUCUGGGACAUGGCUUGGAUAUUUCUGGCUUGGAUUGAUAGGGCAUGGAAUCUAACCUGCCAUCAUCCCGACAGGUGAUCGUGCCAAGGGAAGAUGCAAGUACCUGUCUUAGCAAGAAACUGUCUGGAUUUCCAUUGACUUUAAUGGACCAAGAACUUCAGCCCAUGACUUGAAUGAGAAGCAACAUGCAUCUCUUAUAUUGUUUUUAAUGCAAAGUGUGCCUUCCCCGUGUCCCUUUCCUUCUGACCCUCAGGUGGGGUAUAUAGCACACUGUCAAUUGCUGUUCAGAUAUAGAAGCAGAAAGAAUUUCUUGAGCAUCUUCUGAAAUCACCCAGAAUGGUUGCACUGCAAUGAGAAUCUUUUAUGUUUUUCAGCUUGAUAGCAGGCACCUGGCAAAAAGCCAGCAAAAAACAGGUGAAGAGAAGAGUCCUAGCUUGUGGACUGCAUUUGCAUUUCCUCAGAUUUCAGUGUCAUUCUGGUUAUUUUCAAGAGACUUCACCAAUCCCAUUUCCUCUCUGCACAGCAAAUCCACUCAUUGGCUACAAUAAAAGUAAUUAAAGAAAUAAAAUAGAUUACUGCUUGCAUGAGAAUAAGAUUAACUUUUCCAAUGUGCCAUCCAGGGCGCAUAUUCCUGAUAAAGAGAACUUUCAUAAGCUACAAAAAUGGGGAAUUUUCCAUGGCAAAGUGCAACGCUUAGUAUAAUUAUUAUAGCUGCUGUCCACACAGAAGCCAAGACCACACAGAAGCCACAUGCAAAGUUUACUAAGAUAAAGGUUCCUGAAGUGGAGGUCACUGAAGGAUUUGACACAUCCAUUGUCCCACCCACCGGUGAAAGCUCCUUUCCAGAAAUCUCAGAAAUGAGUGAAAUGACAACAGAUUUGUCCACUCUGCACCCUGCCUUCAGGACAGCCACCACUCUGUUUCCUUUUGAAAAUUUUACUCUUGACACAGCUGAUUUCUUCUUUAAUUGCUGUGAUUGCUGUACCCCUGCAUCGGGUCAGAAAGGGGAACCAGGAGACCAUGGACUGCCAGGUCCUAAAGGAGAGACAGGGGAUACAGGCCUUCAAGGUUUACCAGGAAUUCCAGGAUUUCAAGGUCCAAAAGGCUUCAAAGGAGAAAAGGGAGAUAAAGGAGAACAUGGUGACCAAGGAACAAAUGGAAUUCCAGGGUAUCCAGGCAAACCAGGAGAACCAGGUGAAACUGGAGCUAAAGGUGAUAAAGGAAACCAUGGCCUUCCUGGCAUUAAAGGACAAAAAGGAGUAAAAGGGGACACUUGUGAUAAUGGGACCAAAGGAGAGAAGGGAGAUAAGGGAGAGUUGGGGUUACCAGGGUUAGAUGGGGAAAAUGGAGAUAAAGGAGAAAAGGGAGAUAUGGGUGAAAAGGGGCAUUGUGGAGAGCCAGGGGAGAGAGGGGAAAAGGGGGAGAAGGGGGAAGUUGGAAUGAAAGGUGAAAAGGGCAGCAAAGGAGAUAUUGGAGUUGAGGGCAUUCAUGGUACAGAUGGGAAACAAGGAGAAAAGGGUGCACCUGGCAGUAAGGGUGAAAAAGGAGACUUGGGGCCAGUUGGUAUGAUGGGACCUCUUGGGCCAAAAGGAAUUCCUGGGAGCAAAGGAGCCCGGGGAGCUCUUGGAAAGAAAGGUGCCAGAGGUGUCAAAGGUUCCAAGGGUGACAAUUCAAAAGUCCCAAGAUCAGCUUUCAGUGCUAGCUUGUCAAAGCCUUUCCCACCCCCAAACACACCCAUUAAAUUUGACAAGAUUUUGUACAAUGACCAGGAAGAUUAUAAUCCUUCCACAGGAAAGUUCAACUGCAGCAUUCCUGGAGCAUAUGUCUUCACUUACCACCUGACAGUCAGAGGUCGGCCCGCUCGAAUAAGCCUUGUGGCACAAAAUAAGAAGAUGGUCAAAACUCGGGAAACCUUGUAUGGUCAAGAAAUAGAUCAGGCAUCUUUCUUGAUUAUUUUGAAAUUAAAUGCAGGGGAUCAGGUUUGGUUGGAAGUAGCACGGGAUUGGAAUGGGGUUUAUGUCAGCGCUGAGGAUGACAGCAUAUUUACAGGCUUUCUUUUGUAUCCAGAUGAUGUUUUUGAGACUCUAGUAUAAACCUAUGGUGUUAAACACAUUUUCAAGAGACAUUUCUUUAAUUCUGACUGUCAAAAAAAGAGAAAGGAAGUGUCACUUUAGUAAAUUAGAUUUCAUAAUCUUUUUAUAAAAAUAAUUUAUUUGUAAUAAACUGAUUAAUUUUAAUUAAACAGACCCAAGAGGUGGAGCCUGCUUCUCUGCAUGUGCUUAAUAGCUAUGAUCAUGCAUAGAAAUAUUACUCUAGUGCAUACAGGCAGGGGUCUUCACAGUCCUGCUAGAGAACUGACUUAUUAAAAUUACACAUUGAAAUUCAUGGUGUUAGUUUAUUCAGAUAAAGCCAAAUCUUGCAGUCCUUACACAGUCAAAACUUGUGUGGGAGUCACCAUUGAAGAUAUUGAAUUUUGGGGUUUUAGAUAAGGAUUGUAGCAUUUGACUCAUAAAGAUUAAUCAGAUACAAUUGCAAGUAGUAGGUUUCUCCAAAUCAUAUUAAUAGAUUUAAAAAUGUUUGCUCACCAAACCAGACUUAUGUAGUACUUUCUACCUGGUAAUGCAUGAAAUAAAUGUUUGACGUAGGCUUUUACACUGAUUGAACAAAGUUGAUAUAAUAUAUCUGUUCAAAUUACUAUUGUAUUUAUGAGGCCUUAGCAUCUUUCUAACAUUCAAAAAUAAAUUAAGA